AUGCAUUUCCCAAGCGCACUCACACUCCUCUCAUUCUUCGCUACCACCACACUCGCUGAUCUGGGAUCAAUCAUUGCUGAUGGAACAUCCCUCGCCGGAGAAGCAUCCGGCGCCGUAAACACCAUCACAUCCGACUACGCUCAAGCCCACGCAACCCAAAACGCACUUUCCACAGCCCUAUCCUCUCUAUCCUCCAUCACAUCCGUCGCCGCCACAGCCACCGGCUCUCCACAAUCCUCACUCAUAUCUGAAGCAUCCUCGCUCUCCCAAGCCGCCUCUUCCAUCUCCAAAUCGCUCUCCAAGUCCAUCAUUCAAGCCUCCGCAUCUAGCGCUUCCUCCCAGAGUUCCCAAUCGAAAGCGGCGACAUCGGCUCAGGCCCAAGCUACUAGCCUGAGCGCGGAAAUUAGCAGUUUGGAAAGCGUGGCCAGUACGGCGACGGGAAAGGCUCAAAGUGAGGCGUUGGAGAGUGCUAGUAGCUUGAGCUCGAAAUUCACAAGCGUGGCUAGUGUUGCUGGUGUGGCGGCUAGUGCUACGGCGGCGGCGGCUAAGGGAGAUGCUUCUGAGAACUUUGUCCCGGUUUGGGGUGCUAUGAUUGUGGGGGCUGUGGGAUUGUUGAUUUAG